AUGACGACGCAACCGGAGGUCGGGGUGUCAGAUUUUGUCCUCCUGGACAAUUUGACUACGGACAACUUCAUCGAAAAUUUACAUUUGAGAUUCCAACACAACAAAAUCUACACAUACAUAGGUGAGGUGCUGGUGUCCGUGAACCCGUAUAAGAACCUCGACAUCUAUGGCCAGCAGCACAUGGCGCAGUACCGCGGGCGGGAGAUGUUUGAGGUGCCCCCACACGUGUAUGCUGUAGCAGACGCCUGCCAGAGGGUGCUGAGACAGCAGGGCAGAGACACAUGCGUCCUUAUAUCGGGCGAGUCGGGGUCGGGCAAGACGGAAGCCUCGAAGUUCAUCAUGAAGUAUAUCGCUGCCAACACCAUGCAAGUUCAUAGGGAUUACAUCGACAGAGUAAAAAACGUCCUCAUCCAAUCGAACUCGAUCCUCGAGACGUUCGGCAACGCCAAGACCAAUCGGAACGACAAUUCAUCCCGGUUCGGCAAAUACAUGGAUAUCCACUUCGACUACAAGGGCGACCCCAUGGGCGGCCACAUCAGCAAUUACCUGCUUGAGAAGAGCCGCGUUGUCAGCUUGCAGCCUGGGGAGAGGAACUUCCAUUCCUUCUAUCAGCUUCUUAGCACAAACAACGCACACACCAAAAAGUUUGGUUUAAGUUCGAGCUCAGUUUACAAGAUAUUAGGGAACGAGCGCACCACAGCACAGGACUCUAAGCUCUACAGCCUUACGAAUAGCGCCUUCAAUGCUCUGGGAUUCACAUCCUCUGUUGUCGACGAUAUAUGGAGUAUAGUUGCUGGAGUCAUAUUGUUGGGCGAACUCACAUGCACGGAGUCAGCAGACGGCCACUUAUCAAUCGGCGGGCCGGUUAAAGAGUGCGUCACAGCCCUCGGCGUGACGCAAGAGGGCCUCAAGUCCGCCAUGUCGGGCAGGAUCCUGUCCGCGGGGGGUGACCUGGUCAGCAAGGAGCACACCCUGUCCGACGCGCACUACACGCGCCUGGCGCUGGCCAAGGCGGCUUAUGACCGGCUCUUCACGUGGAUUGUGCAACAGAUCAACAAGGCGAUAGAGUCCCCGCAGAACACCUACCGGAGUUCUUUGAUAGGUGUGCUGGACAUCUACGGCUUCGAAAUAUUCGACACAAAUAGCUUCGAGCAGUUCUGCAUCAAUUACUGUAAUGAGAAACUGCAACAACUUUUCAUUGAGCUGGUGCUGAAGCAAGAGCAAGAGGAGUACGCGCGCGAGGGCAUCCAGUGGACGCCGGUGCAGUACUUCAACAACCGCGUCAUCUGCGAGCUGGUGGACGCGCCGCACCAGGGCAUCAUCGCUAUUAUGGACGAGGCGUGCCUUAAUCCUACCAAGAUAUCGGACACGCAGCUACUGGAGGCAAUGGACAAGCGACUGGGCGGCCACAAGCACUACUCGUCCCGCCAGCUGUCGCCCACCGACAAGAAACUCAAGCACGGGGUAGAUUUCCGAAUAACGCACUACGCGGGUGACGUCACGUACGCGGUGACCGGCUUCAUGGACAAGAACAAAGAUUCGCUGUGGCAGGACCUGAAGAGGUUACUGCACGCCUCGCGCAACGCCUCGCUGGCCGCCAUGUGGCCCGAGGGCGGGGCUCAUAUACAAAAGACGUCGAAGCGGCCGGCGUCGGCGGCGACGCUGUUCCGCAACUCCAUGGCGGCGCUGGUGGCGGGGCUGGGCAGCAAAGAGCCGUUCUACGUGCGCUGCGUCAAGCCCAACCCCAUGCAGACGCCCGCGCACUGGGACGACCAGCUGGUGCGGCACCAGGUGGCGUACCUGGGGCUGGUGGAGAACGUGCGCGUGCGGCGCGCCGGCUUCGCGUCGCGCCAGCGCUACGACCGCUUCCUCAAGCGCUACAAGAUGCUGUCGCAGUACACGUGGCCCAACUUCCGCGGCGCCUGCGACAAGGACGCCGUCAUGGUGCUGUUACGCGACCUGCAACUCUCCGACGUCCAGUUCGGACACACCAAGCUGUUCAUCCGGAGCGCGCGCACGGUGCACGGGCUGGAGGCGGCGCGCGCGGAGCUGCUGCCGUCCAUCGUGGUGCUGCUGCAGAAGCUGUGGCGCGGCACGCUGGCGCGCAUGCGCUACAGGAAGAUGAGGGCGGCGCUCGUCAUCUUCAACGCCUGGAAACGUUACCGCUUCAGGCGCUACAUAGUCGAGCUCCAAACUGAGCUCCAACGGCACCGCGGCCUCAUCCAGCGGUGGCCGGCCGCGCCGCGAAGAGUGGCCGUGUCCCUCCUGCAGGGCGCGUACAGACGCUGGCGAGCGUACCUAACGCUCAAGCCCAUCCCGCGCGACCAGUGGCCGCAGCUUAAGCUCAAGAUAUCCGCAGCCAGCGCACUCAAGUCCAGGCGGAGCCAGUGGGGGGCGUCCAGGAUAUGGAAGGGAGACUAUCUAGCCAUCAACUCUUACAACGACAAAUCUGCGACGUACCAGUCGGCGAUGUCCAGCUUGCACCGGUCGCAGAACGUGGGCAAGGCGCUGUUCUCGUGCCGCAUCCACAAGUUCAACCGGUACAACAAGCUGGCCGAGCGCUGCCUGCUCGUGACCGAAAGCGCCAUCUACAAGCUGGACGCCGCGUCCUUCAAGCCGCUAAAGAAGCCAACGCCCAUCACUGAGGUGGGAGCAGUGCGAGUUAUGAGCGGCGAGGCGCAGUUGGUGGUAAUCAGCGUUCCGUCAGCCCGAAACGACCUCGUGAUGGGGCUGGUGUCCGCCAGGCCCGAUCCGCCCGGUGCGUCGCCCGACCUAGUCGGCGAGCUAGUAGGCGUGCUUGCUCACCGAUAUCAUUUGCUCACGGGCUCCGAGCUGUCGGUGGAGGUGGAGAGCGGCGCCACCACGCGCUGCACGCUGGGCGGCAAGAACAAGGCCCUGCAGCUGCCGACGCCCUCGCCGGCGACGUCGCCCGCGCGCGAGCCCGAGGCGCCGCCCUUCACGCACGCACACAACGUCAUCACCUACCACCCCGCCUCCGCCAUGGCGUAGCGGCACCGGCGGAAAGUGGCCUGCUUAUCAGUUUUUGACAGGGUGCCUAGUGUGAGAUUUGUCGCCUAUGCCUACCUUUUUUAAUCGCGUGAAAGAAAACUACGAUUUGUUAAAGUCAAAGACAAAUAAUUCUAUAUUCUAAUAGGCACAUAAGAGUCUGGACUGGUAGGCCGGUCUAAGAAGAAGCCCACAACAAACGUAGCCGGUUUUUUUUGUUAUCACCAUCCCACAUUAUCAUUGUAAAUUAUUGAACAAGCAACCUGGUUAGAGCAAUAUAUGUAUAGAAUCAAAAGAGCGCCAUCUAGUGCAAGUACUGGGAAACAGUAUCCAGCUGCCUUAAUCCAUAGCGCCAUUUAAUGCAAAUACUAGGAACAGAAUCCAUCUGCCCUAAUCCAUAGCGUCAUCUAGUGCCAAUACUGGGAAGCAGUACCCAUUUGCCUUAAUAGUUAACUUACACGCGAUCAAAAACAGAAACAUAGGUAGAAAAUCUGCGAUUGUAAUCACGAAGUCCACACCCUAAGUUGGUGUCCAUAAACGAAACGUUUAUGGACACUAACUUGAGGUGCACGUUUAAGCACUUUUCUGUGUUUGCUGGCUUUGUUUAACUUUAGUUUCUUCAAAGAAAGAUUGAACGUAGAAAACGUGUAACAAUGUAGACCCCAUCGUUGCAUCCCAUCCGACAAGAUGGUCGCCAAGGGCAAACCUGUCUUUUAUAAAAAAAUUACAUUGUUUAGGAUCCUUCAGAGGAGAGGCAUGUACUAUAAACUGCCACGCCAAGAGUUAAAUGUUUUUUUUAAGCUGGAUAGCCACUAUGUUAACCUGUAGUCCGCUGUACACUUUCAGUACUUGUAGUACUUUUGAUUAUAAUUAGAACAGAGAUCAAUUUCAAAACAUGUACGAUAUUUAUUUAUACAAUGAUUCGAUAAUGUAAAUGUGUUGUUGUCGUUGACAAGUCUAGACUCGUAUGACUCUAAAAACCGGCUAAAUGCGAGUUGGACUCGCACACGGUGGAUUCGGUACCAAGGGGCAUUAUGAAAUACUAAAUAGUAUUAAAUUGUUAAGAUCGAGUAAAAAACACGUUUUUUUACACGUUGAAACACACAUUCUGCGUAAUGUUCGUCUCUACUUGUUACGGUUUAUGAUCUAUAGCCCGCUGACAGAAACAUGGACGGACCUACAGACGGACAGGGGAAGCUUUGACAUAGGGUAAAGGCGUAGAAUAGUGGUCACCCUUCCGUACGAAACGUUAAAAGGAGAUUUUAAGUAUUUGUUUUUUACCAUACCACCUAUGACUUUUGUGAUAUCUCCCAGAUUUCUUUAAACUUGUUUUAAAAUAAGUAAUAAAUAACUUAAAGUAGAUGCAUUUUAUAUCAUAGUAGUUUCAGCAUAGCGCACAUAGCAUAUUAACAAAAACAAUAUAUUAUAUAAAUAUAUAAAACUAAAUUUUAGUUUUUGAAUUAUAUGUAUUUUGAAAUUAGAUAACAAUGCGUUCCGUUAUUUCUAACGGCUGUUUUUUUGUUCCUUUUAAUAGUUGGCUAGAUCGUUUUUAUUAAAUGUAUCGAUAUAUAACGUUCAAAAGAUUCAGUAUUGGAACAGAUCCGUCGUUAUUUGAAAAAUAAGCAUACAGUUUGUAUCAUUUUUCUUUUAUAGCAUAGUCAGAUGUAUAAGCACAGUAAUUGAUGUUAUUCCGCGUAUUAAAUGUUUGUACAAGUAAAAAUUAAUUUUAUAGGUGCAUUCAAAUUAGCCGCCGUAUAUCGUACAGAAGUGCGGCUGCAGUUUACAAGAUUUAUACGAAUUAUAGCUCAGAACUGCUGGUGGGGUUUUUAGGAGCUUUAUUGUAGAGUUAUUAAAGUGUGUCGAAAGUCAAAUAUAAAUAUAGACUUUGAAAAACACGCCUUUUUUAAUGUUCAAAUAAUUAAACUCCCCAGUUAUUUAAUACGGUUAGAUUUCAACGAGAUAAUUCAAGCUCAGACAUGAACAUCGCGCCGCUUCGUGAGGGCGUCAUGAAUUUGCUAGAGCCGCGCGGCACAUGAGGGCUAAUUUGAAUACACCCUAACUGUACCUUUUAUAAAUGUAAGAGAUUAUUCGUACAUUGUUAUGUAAUAAAGUAUUUAAAUGUUAGGUACCGCAGUUUUCGAUAUGUAUUUUUAAUUUUUAGUACUUAAUAUACACAAUACGUCCAAAUUUUUGAAGGCUUUUUUAGAAAAAAAAACCGAUAUGUUACCAAAUGAAAUUUAACUGUUUCUAUUAAGUUUUAAAUUGUCAGAUAAUAAAACAUAAACGAACAUCACAAAAUAUUAUGUUUACAUUUUAAAUUAUUUAUGAAGUGGCCUAAGGGUCAGCGGAAAAUGAACGACUGGCCUCAAUCGCAAGUCCGGACAAUUUUAAUGAUGAAUUUUGAAAUUAUUAAUUUCAAACAGAUUUAUGUAUGUUCCGAAACAAGUACAAACAAAUUUUUGAUCACAAGACAAUAAUGAUUAUAAUUAAGUAAUAUAAUCUAUAAAUUAUUGGUCGAAGAUAUACUUUAAAAUCGCAUCUAUAUUUGAAUGGAACAAGGUUGAAAAUGCGUCCGAUGUGUCCGGACGUGUGAAGGUAUUGUGCCAUUCGGUCUGCACUGACUGUAACGCUUUUUUUUUUAGACUCAUUUAUGUAUUAAAAUUAUAACAUUUUAAAUGCGUCAAAUGACUGAUUUAAAAUAAAACAAAUACUUUAAUUGAUUAAUAAAUCAAAAUAUUACUUUUUAUGCAAUGAUAGUUAUUUAUAAAACGGUCAAACUAAACUGUGCGUCAAACCUAUUCGUUAUGAUUACAACCACACACUUGUAACAAAAUUUUAAUUUGAAAAACGAAUUUUUCCAUAGUCAUUUGUCUUGAUAUAUUUUUUAUAAUUACUU